UUAAACACAAUUUUUUUUAUUGAAGUUAAUAUAAAAACGCUGAAAUAUUUAAAACCAAAAUUGAAUUUGUGAAAGCUGUGAAUUUUGCAUACUGGCAAAUUUGGAAUUGUUUUGAAAAAAUGCAAACUGUUGUCGAUUACCAUGGCAGCAACAAUAGCAUUGGUAAUAGCAACAACAAUAGUAAUGGUAGCUCCACUACAACAACAACAACAACGACAACAAUCGAAACAAUUGGCACACAUAGUGAAGUUGAUUCCGGAAAAAUUGAUGCAACAAAUGCGGUAGCAUUAACUACACCACCAAUUGUUGCUGCUGAAGACAAUGAAGAGCCAAAUAUACUACGACAACGUAUAACAGCAGCUAAAUCGACAACAAUUGCCACAGCAAUAACAACAACGAAUGCAACAAUAACAACAACAACUACAACGAAUUGCAGUUUACCAGAUAUGUUCACGCAUAAAAAUGGUAAUGCAUGUAUGAUUGAUGUUGCUGAAUAUUUAGGCAGCAAUAUUAUUAAAAUGUCUGCAACGCCAUCACCAUCACCCGAAGGAUCGCCCAAAGUUUCACUUACCAAAAAAUGCCUCACUACACAUAUGAUUCCAACGCUAACACCAGUCACUGCAACAACUACAACAAUACCAGCAACAGCAACAGCAACAGCUGCAGUAAGAGCCACUGCAAUAGUAACACAAGCCAUCGAAACUAACACAAUCAUUACUGAUACCAAUAAUAUUAACAAUAGUCCGACAUCUUCCAAUUCGAAUUCGAACUCCAACUCGAACUCAAGCACAUCUUCUGUGAUUGCCACGCCUGUGCUAACACAUAAUGGCAAAGAGACUGAUUGCGGUGUUGGCUUAAAUAAUAUACGUCGUUCAACGGAACGUAACGAAAUACUCGCAACAAAAGUACUUCCAUUGUCAUCAAAAUCGAAUACAUUUGAUGCAUACGAUAAAGCGGGCCAUGAUCUUACUGCUAUUAGCACAAAUAAGGAAUUUUUUACACCCAUCUCACCGUCACCCUUAUCCUCAACGAAUUCAGCAGCAACACCAAGUUCACCAGCCUCAUCAACCACCACAAGCGUAUCAUCAUCGUCUUCAGUUAACUCCUCAACUGUGGCUGUCUCCAGUGCAACUAUAAACUCCAAAGUCAAUAAAACUAUUGAUGAGGAAUUAUUGCACUGGAAUGAUAUGCCACAAUAUUUACAAUUUAAUCCAUACGUACUCAAGGGUUACCGUCCAUUACAAACGUUCAAGGGUUGUCUAUUCAGUUUAUUCUAUUGGCACAACGAAACUAUCAACAUAUUAACUCAUGCAAUACCAAUUGUCUACAUUUUGGCUAUUGUGCCUGGCCUUAUGCCAUGGGAGAAAGGAUAUCGUUUUUUAUCUUUCUGUCAUGUAUUUGGCUCAGUAGCUCCGUGGUGUGGCAGUUUUGUUUAUCAUCUUUUCAUGAACAUUGAAAAAGGUGAAAAUGUAUACUAUCGUUUAUUGAAAUUGGAUAUGGUGGGAAUAUGGGUCAGCCAAAGUUUCGGUGCUUUGCCGUUGGUGACAGCAGCAACUUAUUGCUUUUCUUAUAAAUGGAAGUGGUUAAUAAUUACUUCCUACUGCCUGUUAUCAUUGUGGGGCCUUUAUAAGGCAUUAACUGCAAGUUCACCAUGGCAGCGCCGUCUCUGUUUCGCAAUGCCCUUCACCAUGCGAUCGAUUCUAACAGUUUUGCGCACUCUGGGUCUGGUGGGAGGAAAUCGAGUGGCAUUGUCACAUGUUUACCUGCAGGUAGAAGUUGAUGGCGUUUCCAUACUCGGCGGUGCUAUUGGCGCUAUGCGUAUACCCGAAAAAUGGUUUCCUGGUUUGGUUGACUUCUAUUUGAAUUCACAUAAUAUAAUGCACGUUUUAGUUGUCGUUGCUGUGUAUUCAAUGCAUAAGGCAACCCUGAGGGACUUCGAAUGGAUGUCUACCACAUCAUGUGACAGUUUUACAAAUACAACUGUUAGCGCUAUAAGUAAUGCAAUGGGCACAAAUUUGGAACUAUGACCCCUUCAUAUGGGAAAUCUGAUGAGUUACUAUAAUAAAUUUAUAUUUUUAAUUAGUUUCAAUUGUUAAUUCUUU